CAUGGAUGGGGAUAUUAAUAUUGCUGUUUUAGUUCCUGCUUCGAGAGACGCUUCUAAUCUAUUGUGUAAUCCCAAAACGUCCAUUGUUAGAAAGAUAUUCAUAGAAUACGUCUAUUUCGUAAGGAAGAACAUUGAUGAAAUAAAUAAGAAUAAAGAUUUUCUUAAGAAUGUUCGUCUUGGGUAUGUGUUUAUGGACACUUGUACUCUUCAGUCAUCCGCUUUGAAACACGCUUUAAAAUUGAUUCCACGAAAUGAAAAUUCAAACGAAAAUUGCAACGAAAGUAAUUCCGGAAUGGCUUAUUACGAUGUUCAAGCUGUAAUAUCUGGUGCGGGAAGUUCUGAAACAUUACCACUGGCAAAUAUUCUUAGUAGAUUUUCGAUACCUAUACUAAGUCCAUUCGCGUCGAGCGAUGACCUAAGCGACAAAGCACGUUAUGAAUAUUUUUCCCGUUUGAUAAGUCCCGACAAAUACCAAGCGGACGCUUUAACCGAUUUUCUAUUAGAAUUUCAAUGGAAUUAUAUAUCGUUAAUUUUUUUAGAAGGUAGUUACGGUGAAAAUGGAGCAAAACAAAUUAGGAAACAAGCAAAGAAAAAGUCAAUUUGCAUAGCCAUUGAUGAAAUGAUUUCUACCGAGGAUUAUAAAGCAGAUGUAAUAAGAAUAGUUAAGAAACUUAAAGAGAACAAGAAAGCUAGAGUUAUAGUUGCAUUCCUUUUUAUUACAGUGGCCGACGAAUUUUAUCUGAUGAUGGACAAGUUUGAUAUUGCCAAAGAAAAAAUAGUUGUAGGCUCUGACGCUAUGAUAUAUGCGAGAACACCUCGUACAGUUCAAUUAAGGGCUAUUAAUUCUUUCGGUGUCACAACAGCUGGUAAAGAUGUUAAAGGUGGUUUUCAAUAUUUCUCCGAUUUGAAUCCGGCAAACAAUUCAUCUUUUCUAUUGAUAAAAGAUUAUUGGGCCAGUUUAUUCGAUUGCUCUUGGUCUAAUAAUGCGACAAAUCCAUGCGAUCCUCAUAAGAAUUUUACUCUUGCUAACGUCUCUAUAGAAGCCACUGCGAGUUUCAACGAUUGUCUAAUGGUUUUUGUUCAAGCUAUUGAUAGAAUAAUUAAGAGAAAUUGCCCAAAUGCUACUGGAGUGCAAGUAAGGAAAUGCAUUAGGGGUAGGAUUUUCCUAGAUGAGAUAAGAAAAGGGACAUUUGAAACGUCUCAGGGACAAAUUCAAUUUGAUGAGAAAGGAGAUGUUAUCGGUGGCUAUAAUCUAGUUCAAUUCUUUGAGAAUAACUUUGUACAAGUUAUUGGAAGUUGGAGUAGAAAGAGGUCGGGUAUUGAUUUUGUAAGUAAUGUAUCAUGGUCAGAUUCGGAUCAACCAAAGUCGCUCUGCAGUGAACCUUGUCCUCCAAAACAUUAUUUUAUCCAAAAGGCAGUCGUUUGUUGCUGGGAUUGCCGAAAAUGUCGAAAUAAUGAAAUACUAGUAUUAAAUAAGACAGCUUGUAAAGAAUGUCCUGAAUUCUAUUGGCCUGAUGAAAAGGAAGCGCUAGAAUGCUUACCAAUCGAUCCGGAAUCUUUAAAAUGGGCAGAUCCCGAAACGAUUAUUCUAUUGUCAUUAGCAGUUUUUGGAAUUUGUAAGCAGCUCACUUUAUAG